AUGGAGAUGCGGCGCGUGGCCACCUUACAUCGCGGCGACUGCCGCAGCUUCAACCACCACCGGGUGGACGCCGUCUGCGAGAUCUUCACCGUCACCGUCUGCGACCACCACAGCUACUACAUCACCAGCACUGACGGCUGGAUCUGCAUCUGCACGGACGGUGGCCGCUGCCGGGACGACAUCUGCCUGCGCAGGCUGGAUGAGCCGUGUCGGGAGCACAACCAGUGCCGGUACCACAUCACUGGCGGCACACAGUGCUCGUCCAGCCAGUGUGUCUGCGACUCCGCAAGCUGGAAGUACAACACCACACUCUGCGAGAAGACCAACAUCGAGCUCACCACCGACGGCGAACACUGGGUGUUCAAGGAGCUGGUCAACGGGAUCUGUUCCAUGGAAUUCGACGCGCAGGCCACUGACGAUCUACGGUUUGUGCUCACCGAGUCCAACACGCAUUACUCCAACCGCUACCACUUUCGCAUUGGCUACAAUGGCAACAGCGCCACCUACGCCGAGAGGAUUCAGGAGGGUGUCAGGAGUGACACCUUCGCCUCCUACUCAGGUGAUCUGCUGGACGGCAACAACUACCGCAGGUACGGCCUGCACUGGUGCAGCGGCCAGAUACGCUUCUACAGGCCGGGAAUCGACACCUACAUCAGCUGGGAUGACCCAGAGCGCUUCUCGCCCGGCUACAUCGGCAUCUCCACCGCGCUGCAGGGACGGUGGCGCUUUACAAAGGACAUGGUGGACCUCUGGAUGGGAGACUGGUCCGAUGACCGCGUCUACACCAUACCCAGGUAUUCCACGUUGUUCCGCCGCGCGACGGAGCAGACCUUCUCGGUGACGUUCGACUGCCGCGCCUCCAACGACUGCAACUGGCUCGCCAGCGACACCGUCAUCUGGGACCACUCACACAUGUACAGCAUCGUCAUCGGAGGCUGGGGCAACCAGUACAGCAGGGUGCAGCGCCACACUCCCGGCGUCGGCUGGGCGACUCUGGCCUCCAAAAAAAUGUCAGGUAUUGUCAGCCGGAGUGAGCUGCGCAAGUUCCGAAUCCGCUUCGAGCCCGGCCGGAUCCGCGUGUACAGAGCCAAUAGACCGAAUGCGUUCCUGGACGCAACUGACCCGUCCCCGAUCACCAUCAACUUUCACGGUCCGCGCAGCUGCUGCGACAGCGGCCGGCAUGGACGUACGACUGGUCAGAUGGAGCUGCAGCGUGUGAUGUCCGACGAGGAGGCACUGCCAACCGCGGGAAUUGGCCUCUCGGAGGUGGUGGCCCUGGUGCUGCGGAUGGUGCGGCAGAUGGAGCUGCAGCGUGUGAUGACAGGCGAGGAGGCGCUGACGGCAGUGGGCUUCUCGGGGCUGGCAAGCAUGAGGUACCGGAUCACGCGGAGCUGA